AUGAUUGCUUCAAGCCAUAGAUCUUCAGAAUCUCCCUCUCAAUAUGUGUACCUUCACUCUCUUAUAACUCUCUCCCAACCCAACAAGGACAAAAAGAAGUUUCUUCCUUUCACUUAUCAAAACACUCAAGAUUUUCUCUCUUCUUCUUUAUUUUCCCUUUCUUUUUCACCCAAACAACAUCACAACACAGCACAGACCACAGUGAAGUACGGUGUAAACAGCUGCAUGAACUGAAACUGAGAGAAGUUUCCAAGGACCAGCUGAACAAGCUAUAUUACUAGGGUUUCAGAGUCAUCAGAAGAAAGGGAAAGAAGGGUUUUUUUAUAACAUGGAAUGGAUUAUAGGACUUUGGGUUCUGAUGGGUAUCCUUUUAUGUUGGUGGUUUCUUUGUGUGAAGGAGGAGAAUAAGGUAAAGAAGAAGAAGAAUAAGAAGAAGGGAAAAGUUCCAAAAGGGAACACAGGUUGGCCUUUCAUUGGAGAGACCCUUGAUUUCAUUGCUUGUGGCUACACCUCUAACCCUGUCACCUUCAUGGAAAAGCGCAAGUCCCUGUAUGGUAAUGUGUUUAAGACGAGCAUUUUGGGAACUGGUGUGAUUGUGUCCACAGACGCAGAGGUGAACAAGGUUGUUCUGCACAACCAGGGGAACAUCUUCGUACCUGCUUAUCCAAAAUCAGUUAGAGAACUAAUGGGAGAACACUCUAUACUCCAAAUGAACGGGAACAUGCAUAGGAAAGUUCAUGCACUCCUUGGAUUGUUCCUCAGAUCCCCACAACUCAAAACUCGAAUCACCAGAGAUAUUCAGCACUCUGUCAAAGAAUGCUUCGCUACUUGGACCCACCAACCAAUAUACAUUCAAGAUCAAGUCAAAAAGAUUACAUUUACUGUUUUGGUUAAAGUUCUGAUGGGGAUUGGCCCCGGGGAAGAUUUAGACUUCUUGAAAAGAGAAUUUGAAGAGUUCAUCAAAGGGUUGAUAUGCGUACCACUCAAGUUUCCAGGAACAAGACUAUAUAAAUCCUUAAAGGCUAAAGAAAGAAUGAUGAAGAUAGUAAAGAGGAUAAUAGAGAAAAGGAAUAAUAUUAUGUAUAAUAAUAAGGAUUCAGUGAAGGAUGGUGCAGUGAAUGAUGUGGUGGAUGUGCUCUUACGGGAUAGGGGUGACUCUGACUCUAUCUCUAACCUGUCAUUGGAAAAUAUCAGCGAAAACAUAAUUGAGAUGAUGAUCCCUGGGGAGGAGACUCUCCCAACGGCUAUGACCAUGGCUGUCAAGUUUCUCAGUGACUAUCCUGUUGCUCUGUCCAAAUUAGUGGAGGAGAACAUGGAAUUGAAGAGGCAGAAGAAUUGUUCAGAUGAUUAUGCGUGGACUGACUACGUGUCACUGCCGUUUACUCAAAAUGUUAUCAGCGAAACUCUUAGAAUGGCAAAUAUUGUCAAUGCCAUUUGGAGAAAAGCAGUCAAAGACGUAGAUAUUAAAGGGUACCUAAUUCCUAAGGACUGGUGUGUUGUGGCAUCUCUUACUUCUGUUCAUUUGGAUGGCAUGAACUAUGAAAACCCUUUUGAAUUUGAUCCAUGGAGAUGGGAGAAAAUUGGAGCUGGGGCUAGUAACAACUACUUUACGCCAUUCGGUGGUGGACAGAGACUGUGCCCUGGGAUAGAACUCUCCAGGCUUGAACUCUCUAUUUUCCUUCAUCAUUUGGUUACUACUUACAGAUGGGUUGCUGAGAAGGAUGAAAUUAUCUACUUUCCAACAGUCAAGAUGAAGAGGAAGCUCCCAAUUAGUGUGACAGCCAUUAACAACUGAUUAGAUUGGAGAAUCAAGUAAUUCUUGUACAUUAUUAUGGAUAGAUAUAUGUAUUAAUUUCAAUCU